AUGGAAUCGAUCAUGAUGAGAUUCUGCGCUAAUCUCUUCCGCUCAUCAACACCCGUGUCAUACCCCGUUAUUCCCACUGAAGGAAUACCACCAUGGAUUCUACCUGAAACACGCGCCGCAAUCCAACCCAUGAAGGCAGCCCCGGUUGCGGGACCGGAUCAUGUUUGGUCGAUUUCUUACGAGCUGGAGGACAUCGCCUACACGAGAUACUUGCUGAACAUUUAA